AUGGCCAAAAAAGGUUGCCAGUUGACAAGAAGAGAAUGGAACUAUUUCAUGCAGGCCAAAACCAACGAUGUAUUAACGAAGAAUGAAACAGAAUUUAUUUCAGCCGUUGAAUGCAGAGAUAUAGAUGCAGUUGCAUUACUCUUAGAGAGUGGCGCAAUAAAUGUUAACUGUACAGGCCGGCGAAAAAAAUUACCAAUAACGGCAUUGCAAUUAGCGGCAAAAAAUGACGAUUAUCACAUGAUCAAUCUGCUACUAAGCAACGGAGCUAGGACAAUCACAAGACCAUCGACCUUUCAAAAACAAAGGAGCAUAUUAGGCCAUGAUAAUAUGCUCGAAACAUAUGAAGCUCUAACAUCACCUGCCUACCUGAGUGCAGCUAACAGUGAUCCACUUGCGACUUCUAUGGAUCUUGUCAAUGAUAUUAAGGGCGUGACAGACGAAAACUAUGAGGAGAUGAGGAAAAAAGUUUACAAGUAUUCUAUGGAAUGGCUUGAAUGCUGUGAAGACAUGAACGAAGUCUAUACGCUUAUGACUGGGAGAGAUACUGAUUGCAUGGAAACUACACUUCCAGACACAAAUACCAUUAUCAGUAAAGCCAUAGAGAGCUGCCAUAAAGAGUUCAUCGCACAUUACAAAACCCAGAAGAUUAUGAAAACAAUCUGGAGGCAUAGACAGCCAUUGUGGAAAGAGCAUUCUGACAGUUGGAGUUGGUGGUUUCUCUAUGUUGCGUACUGCCUAUUAAUGUAUGUAGUUCUACUGCCUGUGUUAGCAACUGCCUAUAUCAUAUCACCAGACUGCACUGUGGCAAAAAUACUCGAUAAUCCAAAAGCCAAAUAUUUCACCAAAAUGACAUCAUACUUACUUUUCCUGGUACUCAUUAUCGUGUUAAAUGUCCAAAUUGCCCCAAACCCAAAUGACCCAUUAAGUGAUAUGUUAGUGGGUCUUCUAAUGUUUCUACUAAUAUACGACACUGCAUAUAUUUGGGCAGAGAUCGUGGAGCUUAAGAGUAUUGGAUUCAAAAAAUAUUUCACGAACUAUUGGAAUUAUAUUGACUUGUUGAUUUUCGUGUCAUUUGGAUCGGACAUUUCACUGAGGUUAUUGAACUGUUUGGACGAAAUCGAUGACACACUACAAGUGUUUUGGUUUACUUGGACAGCUCUGAUUCUGACUCUAGCUUGUUUACGCUUUUUUGAACAUAUGUACCUGACCAACUACCUUGGCCACCUGCUCCUCUUGUUCACUGAGCUGAAAGGGGACGUUACCAGAUUUCUGGUAAUCUUCAUAUAUGUUGUGUUAGCGUUCGCAUUUGGGUUCUACUACCUGUAUGAAGGUGUUAAAGACAGUGUUUUUAACAACUUAGAAUCGUCAAUAACUUCUUUGAUACUGACAAUAUUUGGCGGUGAUCCAAGUGAAGAACUGAACUUUGGUGCCACGCCCGAUCACAAUACCAAGGGUUAUUAUGCAUAUCCUAUGUACAGAUAUAUGGGUUUCUUACUCUUUACCAUGUUUGGUACUCUAUGUAUGUUGGUGCUACUUAAUAUAUGUAUUGCUAUGAUGUCUGACACGUACACACAGUUGAGAGAAAAUAUCGACACUGAGUGGAAAUUUCUCCGUGCAAAGAUUUGGAUGAAUUACAUUAGUGCGCCAGUACUACCAGCACCCUACAACAUUGUACCAAACGUUUCAAUAUUUAAACGACUCUGUAUGAGCUGUAUCAAAAAGACGACAUCAGCUGAGGUGGAGACAAAUGAUGAAAUGGAGCUCGCAUUGUCCUUGAAAGAAGAUAAGAAACAGGUUCUUCAUUACGAGCAGCUCAUUAAUGUUCUUCUAGUUCGUUAUUUACUGAUGAAAGAGAUUAUAAAGGAGGAAGAUAUAGAGUGCAGUCAAGCUACUGAUGAUACAGAUAUGACAGCAGGAGAUACAGCAUGA